AUUACUCUACUCCAUCACGAUGCCGGCUCUUAAAUUUGAAAAAUUGCUCUGCGGCCCUGCCGUCGACAUGUUCCGCAAGGACUUUGUCAAUGAAAACAUCUGGGAAGUCGAACACGCCGACGCAAGAAAGGGAGCCUCUUUCACCAAUACACUUACCCUCAACAAGGACCAAAAGCUGGUUGGAUCGACUUCCGUCAAUGUCGAUGUUGGUGCCGCAAAUUUUGAAAUGAAAUUGGGAAAUAAAGGUGACCGUUACCUAGAGUUAUCUUCCAUGAACGCACACUGGCCUACCAUGAAGGUAUUGUCCAAGUAUAUGUUUAACCCACCAAAUAAAAACAACGCAUGUGAAGUGGUAGCCGAAAAUGUACACCCAAUCAAUACGACGCAACUUAAAAUCAUACCGUUUGCACGUGACUACUCAAUGUUCUCACUCUUCAACUACAAGUUGAACUGUUGCCAGCUUUUUGGUGGUAUGGAAGUCACCGGAAAGAACUGCACCCUCUUCUCCAACUACACAAUGGCCCUAGGCUACAAGAGAAUACGUGAUGAGAAGACCUACCAACUAUCUGCUAGAGUUUUCGGAGACAAGGGUGCAUUGGCAAAGUCGUUCGUGGGAAACGUUUACGUAGGAACUGCCCAUGGAGAUGCACAAAAUGCCAUGGCAGUUGCACUCGAACAUCAACUCAAAGAUGGACACACGAAACUUAUGUUCUCUGGAUUGUGGCAUUUGACGGAACCAGGGCACGCGACGCCAGCUUUCGUCAAAGGAAAGUGCGAUACAGACGGACAGUUUGCUCUCAGCUACUCCCAGAGAUUUAACAAGAAUAUUGCAGGAAUCCUAACCGUUGGUGGUAACAUGAAUACCACAUGCGACCCUGCAACCAUGAACUACGGAUACAAGGUCACCGUCUCUUAAAAUCAUUCACAACAUUUAUUGAAUAAUAAAACAUAUGCAGUGUAAGCACGAAAUCAUACUUGGAAUACAUUGGACAAAAGACCAAAAUAUAACAGCGUUCUUAAAACCUAGAAUACUGAUGUAACAU